AUGGGCGAUGAGGCGCAUGUGAGGGUGACCGAUCGGGUAGGCGGCCGUGUGGCUGGCUGGCUGGCUGGAGUUUUUGACCUGGGAGUUGUUGCUGGGAAGUCUCUGGCCGGAUUUGGAGGACCGUCAGAUGGCUGGGGUCUGGUGGAAAACAGGGAUGUCUUCGGAGGGGAGGGGGACAAUAUGACGAAGGAAGGGCGCGAGGGCGAGAACGUGAUGGCGGGCGCGUGGAGAGACCGGGAGGGAUGGAAAUGGUGGUGGACUGGAGAAUAUCAACUGACAGAAGGACGUCGAUCUCGCACGAGGGCAGUGUAG